AUGUUGCCAGAGUCAUUGCUUCACCUGUCAUUCCGUACGGCCUAUCCACACUUGAACAAGAUAUUGGACAAGAAUGACAUACUGCCAUCAUCACUAAAGACCCUUGCCCACUGUAGACUGGACAAAUCAAUUGUACUACCAUCAUCCAUCACCACCUUGGAUAUAGUCAACUAUCACCUUUCAGAGUUGACAAGUCAUUGCCUACCACCCUCGCUGGAGUACCUGUCCAUUCGCUACAGUAACAUCAGUCAGUUGUCUGCAUUCCCUGCCACACUCAAAACACUGAAGCUCAGCUCGUUAGUCGACCAACGCUUCCAAACUCAUCCAGGUAUCCUUCCAGCAUCGCUCACCUACUUCAAGAUUGGCGUUGACCAACCUGUGGAGGAGCUGCUUCUCCCUCAAUCGCUUCUCAUACUCAAGUUUGGAUCAGACUUUAAUCAGAGACUGGUACCAUACUGUCUACCGCCUUCAAUCACAUGUCUUUCAUUAGGACCAUUCUUUGCAUCUCCCAUCCAACUCAAUGUCCUGCCAGCAUCUCUUAGACGGUUGAAGUUUGGUGAUAGGUUUAACAAACCAAUCGAAGCAGGUGUGUUGCCACAGUCUCUAACCUCGCUAUCAUUUGGCACCAAGUUCAAUCGAGACGUCAACAAAGAUGGAUGUCUACCUCAGAGCCUCAUCAAGUUGAAGUUUGGCUCAAAGUUUGAUAAACCUUUUGUAACAGUUCCACGUGACUUACGAAGAUUGACAAUACCUUGGAGACAAUUGGACUCGAUCAGUGGACAACAACAACAUCACUCAAUUCAAUACAUUAAUGUGUUUGAUGUCGUUGGUGAUGACAUUCGAAACAACAACAAGACAUAUUCUACACUCAAACUUGAUGCACUGAAACUUCGAUUCAUCUCAUUGGAUUCCAACUCGAUGCUAUCAUGUAAACAAGUGGCUAAAUCAUUUCCAAACAUUCAUACCUAUACAAUGAUCGUUGCCAAGGAAUUCACUCUUCAUUUCAGAGUACUAGACUUGAAUACAAUGGAAGCAUUGGUCACUCACGUAACCUACAAACAUCGACACAUAAUUCGUUAUGUAACAUUAAGAUAA